AAAAGAACCUUUACCCCAAAUACGUUUAGAAAGGCUUGUAAAGCAGCAUAAUAAAUACUGAGGAUUUAAACUCCUGAGGUGAAUUUCAAGGAGUUCAAGUGCAUGUUCUCAGGUUGUGUAUGAAGAUGCAUCAUUCAGUCUGUGUCAGUUUGCUGACACUGUUAAGCGCAUUGCUUGGGGCAGAUGGUGGUAAAGUGUUGGUGUGUCCACUAGACGGAAGUCACUGGGUGAACAUGAAGGUCCUUAUUGAGGAACUGUAUAGCAGAGGACACAAUAUAACAGUGUUGAGACCUUCUAACAGCUGGUAUAUCAAGACAGAGUCACCUUUUUACAAUUCUCUCACCAUUCCAAACACAGGAGGGUUCGACGAGGAGUUUUUAAAUUCAUUGAUCGGCCAGCUCUUGAAAAUCCAAAGAGAAGGAAAUUCCUUUUGGAACCAAAUUCAACUGGAGUAUGAAAUUACCAUUCAAUUUAAAAGCGUGUAUGAAGAAAUGGUUCAUAUGAUGGAGAGAAUGUUUGAAGAUGAAGACAUGAUGACAUUGAUCCGAGAUGCAAAAUUUGAUGUGGUUUUGUCAGACCCGGCUGCUGGUGGUGGCUCAAUACUAGCUCACAAAUUUAACAUUCCUCUGGUUUUUAACGUUCGGUGGACGAUUUUCGGAGAGGGGCAUUUUGUAAUUGCUCCUUCUCCUUUAUCUUACGUUCCUAUCCCAGGAGCGAAGUUAACCGAUAAGAUGACAUUUCUCCAACGGGUGAAGAAUGUUUUGAGUUACAUUUUUACCCUGAUUCAGUCUGCAAUAGUGUCCAAACCCUGCUACAAUUCCUUCUGUAGCAAACAUUUUGGUCCCGAUGUUGAUAUCAUCUCCCUACUACAGAAUGCAGAUAUCUGGCUUAUGAGAAAUGACUUUACUUUUGAGUUUCCAAGACCAACAAUGCCAAAUGUGAUCUAUAUGGGCGGCUUCCAAUGCAAACCUGCAAAGCCGCUUCCAGCUGAUCUUGAGGAAUUUGUGCAGAGCUCUGGGGAGCAUGGAGUCAUCAUCAUGUCUUUGGGAACCCUUAUUGCUCAUCUUCCACAGGAUGUCACCAAUGAGAUAGCGGUGGCUUUUUCUCAACUUCCUCAAAAAGUUAUUUGGAGAUACACAGGGCCGCGACCUGAAACUCUUGGAAACAACACAUUACUUGUGGAUUGGCUCCCUCAAAAUGACCUGCUUGGACAUCCCAAGACUAAAGUAUUUGUGGCACAUGGUGGCACCAAUGGAAUUCAGGAAGCCAUUUACCAUGGGGUGCCUAUUUUGGGUCUCCCUUUAGUUUUUGAUCAACCUGACAAUCUGUUCAGAAUGGAAGCAAAGGGUACAGCAAAAAUUGUAGAUAUUUCAACUGUUGACAGAACAGUAUUUCUAGAAGGAUUAAAGGAGGUCUUGUAUAAUUCAUCUUACAGAGAGAACAUGCAAAGACUGUCCAGACUUCACCGUGAUCAGCCAAUGAAACCUCUUGAUCGUGCCGUCUUCUGGAUUGAGUUUGUCAUGAGGAACGGUGGAGCUCCUCAUUUACGAACACAAUCUUUCAGAAUGUCCUGGAUCGCUUACCACUCCAUAGAUGUUAUUUUGACUUUAAUGGUGGUGGUUUUCAUUUUUGUAUUUUUUGCAAUAUAUGCAUUAAGAUUUAUUUUGCGAGCUUUAUUCAGAAAGAAAGUAAAACAUGAGUGAUACACGAACUGGAAAUAAAAUAUGUAGAUCGUCUGAGAUGACCAUAAUGUUUUUGGAAUGUUGUACACAAAUCUAGAAAUCCAAACAAUAGUAUUAAAAUUAUAAUUCAGAUCAAAUUUUGUCUCAUCAGGUGUGUUUUUGAAUCUUAAACUGACUGUUUAGAGCUGAACCACUGGUGUUAUACUUACAAAUGAUUGUUGUUGGUUGGUAAAUAUUAGCUAAAGUAAUUGCUUAUCUUUAUCAGCGUGUAGCAUUUACUAUUUAAAAAGUCCUUUGAACAUCAUAAAGACAAGGGAAAAGGUUAUAUGCACAAAAUACAUUAUCACUCCAAGCUGUCAUGCAUGGUAAGACUGUGUCACCCAGUUGUCCAAGCCUUGUUGCUUAAUUGAGCUACGCAGGGUUAAACCUCAUCAGUAUCUGGAUGGGAGACCUCCUGGGAAAACUAGGUUUGGUGUCAGUGAGACCAGUAGGGAGUGCUCACCUUGUGGUCCCAAGUAUAGUAAUGGGGACACUACACUGUUGUUAAGCACUGUCCUUCAGAUGAGAGGUUAAACCGAGGUCCUGGCAUCUCUGUGGUUUGUUAAAAAUCCCAAGAUGUACUUUGGAAAAAAGUAGGGGUUUACCCUGGCAACCUGGCCAAAUUUUCCAAUUGGCCUACUAAUCGUCCCCAUAUUUACUGGCUAUGUCUUCUCUUCACCAAUAAUAGUGGACGGUCUGGUGCAGUAUAGCUGUCGUCGCUUCAUCCAGGUAGAUGCUGCAAAUUGGUUAUGGUUGGGAAGAAUUACAUAUUUUGCUUAAAGUUUAUAGUUCAAACAUUUGAUUGUAUUUUAUCUUAUGAUACUAAUAAAAUUAUCUUCAUCAUUGACAUUUAUAAAAUACCUUUUACUCUAUAACAUAUUAAUUUAUAUGAUAUUCUUUCUGUUAAAGGUUGUGAAAGAAAAUGCAUUUUCCAAAAUUAUUGGUUUGUUCAUUAUGUUCUCUUUUCUAUCAGUAUCUUACGGUGGCAAAGCUAUUGGAUUAAUAUGAAGGUCCUCAUUGUUGAGUUGCAUUCGAAAGGUCAUAGUUUUACAGUUUUACACACAUUACUUUGGAUAUUGAUAAAUUUAACAAUGAUUUCAUGUUGAAGUUUCUUCCUCAUGUACUGCAAAACAGAUGCAGGGGAUGGUGUGCGUUGUCCAAUAUGGACAGCAAUUUGUCCAGGGUCUUUCUUUCUGCCACUGUCACCAGUGAAUCCACUUCUGACCCUACUACUGAGCCAGCUCUCCUUACCAGUCUGUCCAGUCUGCCAGCAUCUCUCUUCUUACUGUUUCCUCCCCAACAAACUACACCAUAAAAGAGGACGCUGGCCACCACAGACUGGUAAAACAUAUGCAGUAGUUUUUUGCAGAUUUUGAAGGACCCUAGCCUUCUCAAGAAAUACAGACGGCUCUGCCCUUUUCUGCAGAGAGAGUCCAUAUUUGCAAUCCAAUCUAGC